UGUCUGUCUCGCACACCCGGAAGUGCGUGGUGCUCCGCCGUACAGUAACGCAGAUGCCGGCGGCAGCAUCAUGGAAGAGCCCCAGUCUCAUGUCCUGAAGGAGCUGGAGUCGUACACUGUGAAGGAGGCCCCUCCGACUGUUUACUAUGUCCCUGGGUUUAUAACGGAAACGGAGGAGGCCUACCUCUUGCAGCAGGUAUACAAAGCCCCCAAACCCAAAUGGACCCAACUGUCGGGCAGACGGCUGCAGAACUGGGGAGGGCUGCCUCAUCCGAAGGGAAUGCUGGUGGAAGAACUUCCCGACUGGCUGAAAACGUACGCCAAUAAAAUCUCCGCCCUUGGGGCAUUUUCCGGAAAGACGGCCAACCACGUUCUGGUGAACGAAUACAAACCAGGAGAAGGGAUAAUGCCUCAUGAAGAUGGACCCCUCUACUUCCCCACAGUGACAACCAUCAGCCUGGGAUCCCACACUCUCCUGGAUUUCUACCGGCCCAUUAGCACAGCGCAGGAGCAGGAGGGAGUCCCGCAGACGGAGGAGAACCGCUACCUCCUGUCCCUGCUGGUGGAGCCGCGGAGCCUGCUGGUCCUGCGGGACGACAUGUACACGCGCUUCCUGCACGGCGUCCGCGGCGUGGCGCGGGACACCGUCACCGAGAGCGUGGCCAACCUGCGGGCCGUGUCGGCCGAGCUGGGGGACAGCCUGAGCAGGGGGACCCGGGUCUCUCUGACCAUCCGGCACGUUCCCAGAGUGCUCAAG